CUCAGAAGAUUAUCGAAGACAUCAUGCAAGAGGGAAUCACGCCAACUGUCGACCUUAUUGAAAUUGAAAAAACGUUCGAAGAAAUAUUCCACUUUCUCCUCGACGCUCAAAAAGAAAUCGAGAAAAUGAAAUUUCUCAACAAAAGUGAUAAUGAAUAUGAAUCCUAUACAAAACUCUUAAACAAUUAUUAUCCUUGUAACGAUAAUGAGAAGGGACAAACAAUUAGUGAGAUUCCUAUACAUGAAGAAGUAACUGAAACGAAAGAAGCUAAUUACCUUAUCAAA